CACAAAGAGGUUUUUCCUCUUUAUUUUAUUUUUUGGAAGGGGGGGGGGGACCUGGAACAAAGAGAUCUCCCUCCAUCUGCCUGCAAGGAGACGCCCCCCUUCUCCUUCCUUCUCUGCUGCAGGCAAAGAAGAAGAGCAGAAGCAGAUUUGUUGUGUGUGUGUGUGUGGAAAGACAGCCAAGAUCUCCCCAAAUCUCCCUCCUCUUCCUCCUUUCCCACGCUCCCCCCUUCCAUCCCAUGGUUGAGGGGGGAGCCCAGCGCAGCAUGAGGAGACUGAGACGCUUGGUCCUUUUCUGUCCCUUUUCCAAGGGCCUGCAGAGCCGUCUUCCUGGCAUCAAGGUGAAAUACCUCUUCUUUGUCUGGCUGGGCAUUUUCAUUGGCAGCUGGGUGGUCUACAUGCAUUAUUCGUCCUAUUCGGAGCUCUGCCGGGGACACGCUUGCCAGAUGAUCAUUUGCGAUCAAUAUAAUAAAGGAAUAAUUUCCGGAUCCAUUUGCAAAGACCUUUGUGAGGAUCACACCUUGGUGUUCCAGCAAUGCCUCUCAUCCUCUCCCACCCAACAGGUGUACAGUGGGCUCUGGAAGGAGAAGGGAGUGAUCAUCAAAUGUGGCAUCGAAGAAGCCUUGAAAGCUGAUGGCAACCCUGAGUCCGCACCCAGAAGAGACGUGGUUCUCUUCAACAAGCCAACAAGGGGGACCUCCAUGGACGAGUUCCGGGAGAUGCUCUUGAAUUUCUUAAAAUCCACUCUUGGUGAUCAGACCUCCCUGGCAAACCUGGUGAACAAAAUCAUUUCUGUGGCCGAUGUCAGUCACGAUGGGAAAUUAUCUCUUGCAGAAGCCAAGUCCAUCUGGGCUCUUCUUCAGCUGAAUGAUUUUUUAUUGACCCUCUCUUUGCACGAGAAAGAACACACUUCCAGACUCUUGGGGCAUUGUGGGGACCUGUACAUCACCGAGAAGAUCCCGCACACUUCCCUCUACACCAUGGACAUCCCUCAGUUUCUGCAGCCGCUGUUGCCUUCCGCCGUUCACCGUGUUGUCCACCAGUGGUUCUCUCCAGCCUGGCCGCGACGGGCCAAAAUCGCCAUCGGCCUUUUGGAAUUUGUAGAGGAGAUCUUUCACGGGACAUAUGGGAACUUCUACAUCUGCGACGCAGGCUUCAAGAACGUGGGCUACAACGAGAAGUUUGACUUCAAGAUGGUGGACCUCAGGAAGGUAGCCACUGAGAUGACAAUCCAGGGGUUCCUCAAGGGGAGGCACUGCGAGCAGAAUGUGGACUGUACCUAUGGGAAAGAUUGCAUGGCACCAUGCGACAAGCUCAUGAAGCAGUGCAAGAGUGAUGUGGUCCAACCCAACCUGGCCAAGGUCUGUGGAUUCCUGCAGGAGUACUUACUCCAUGGGGUGCCAACUGACUUGAAAGACGAACUGCAGAAGCAGCUGAAAACCUGCACGACUCUCAGCGGCCUGGCAAGCCAAAUGGAGGUGCACCACUCGCUUGUGUUGAACAAUCUCAAGACGCUGUUAUGGAAGAAAAUUUCAAAUACCAAAUAUUCAUAGGGAUACAAUCAGGAAAGCAUAGGGAAAGGUGGGGUAGAGAAUUGGGUGAACAAGGAUGCUGAUGGAUACACACAAAGACCAACAGCUCCUCUCAUUCUCUUCUUGCUGCUUAGUAAAACAAUCAGACCCAUGAAAGGAUCAAGGAACAGUAAUAGGGCCAGAAAGCAAGGUCCAAAAGAGUUGGCAUACAAGACAACUGUAGUAGGAUGGUCAAGCCAGAGGCUGACUUUGGAUGGACAAUUGGUUGGGGUGUGCAAGGCAUCUGCCUGUUUAACGGGUGCUUCUUGUCUUGGAUAGACUUUAUGAUGUCAAUAAACAGUUUCACUCACUGUUCUUCCUACUCAAAAUUA